AUGGCAACUGAAUUUAGUAAAUCAAACAUCUCAGAUAAACAUACUAAAACAAUAAACACCAAAAAUUGUUCGUAUUGCAAUAAACCUUUUGCUGAAAAAUCAUGGUGUAAAGAAUGUAUUAAUUCUUUAGAAAAUUUAGUAGAAAAUGGCGAUAAAGAAGCAAUGCUUAAUUUAGCUGACUGUUAUAAAAAUGGAGAAGGAACAGAAAAGAACUUAGAAAAAGCCUUUCAUUGGUAUCAGAAAGCAGCAGAAAAAGACCAUGUUAAAGCAAUGUAUCAUUUAGCUGGUUGUUAUUAUUUUGGAAAAGGAAUAGAAAAGAACUUAGAAAAAGCCUUUCAUUGGUAUCAGAGGGCAGCAGAAAAAGACUAUGUUACAGCAAUGAAUAAUUUAGCCAAAUGUUAUAGAAAUGGAGAAGGGACAGAAAAGAAUUUAGAAAAAUCCUUUCAUUGGUAUCAGAAAGCAGCAGAAAAAGAUCAUGUUACAGCAAUGUAUAAUUUAGCCAUAUGUUUUGAUAAUGGAAAAGGAAUAGAAAAGAACUUAGAAAAAGCCUUUCAUUGGUAUCAGAAAGCAGCAGUAAAAGACCAUGUUAAAGCAAUGUAUCAUUUAGCCAGUUGUUAUUAUUUUGGAAAAGGAAUAGAAAAGAACUUAGAAAAAGCCUUUCAUUGGUAUCAGAAAGCAGCAGAAAAAGACCAUGUUACAGCAAUGUAUAAUUUAGCUAUAUGUUAUGAUAAUGGAAAAGGAAUAGAAAAGAACUUAGAAAAAGCCUUUCAUUGGUAUCAGAAAGCAGCAGAAAAAGACCAUGUUACAGCAAUGUAUAAUUUAGCUAUAUGUUAUGAUAAUGGAAAAGGAAUAGAAAAGAACUUAGAAAAAGCCUUUCAUUGGUAUCAGAAAGCAGCAGAAAAAGACCAUAUUACAGCAAUGUAUAAUUUAGCCAGUUGUUAUUAUUCUGGAGAAGGGACGGAAAAGAACUUAGAAAAAGCCUUUCAUUGGUAUCAGAAAGCAGUAGAAAAUGGUAAUAAAGAAGCAAUGUAUAAUAUAGCAAUAUGUUAUAAAAAUGGAAAAGGAACUGAAAAGAAUUUAGAAAAAGCUUUUCAUUGGUUUCAAAAAGCAGCAGAAAAUGGUGAUGUAAAAGCAAUGAAUAAUUUAGCCGCAUGUUGUGAAAAUGGAGAAGGAACAGAAAAAAAUUCAAAAGAAGCAUUUUAUUGGCAUCAAAAAGUACUAGAAGAAAGUAAUAAAGCAAGUUCUAAAGAUAAAGUUGAAUUAUGUAAUAAAUGCAAAAAACCACAUAUUGAUUACCCAUGCCAUCAAUGUAAUGAAUGUAAACAACCAUACAUUGAUUACCAGUGGUGCCAACAAUGUAACGUUAAACGAUUUCAACAAGAUUUUACAAAGUGGACUAGUGAAAAUGUAUUUAUUGAUAAAUUUAUUCAAGAGAUACAACUAAAUGCUAAAAAUAGUCAUGAAAUUUUAGAGUGGAUACCUUAUGAUAAAUUGUCAAGUAUUAAUUAUCAUGAUAAAGGAGGAUUUAGUGAAAUUCAUAAAGCUAUCUGGUCAGAUGGACCCAUUUUUAGUUGGAAUAAUGAUAAACAACAAUGGAAUAGACAGAUGAAUCAUGAAGUCAUUCUUAAAAUACUUAAUAAUUCAUCAAAUUUGAAUAGUAAAUUUCUUGAUGAGUGGAAAUAUCAUUAUAACUGUCAGAAAAUGUCAUUUUCAAAAUUUAUUCAAUUCUUUGGUUUUACCCAAGAUCCGAAUAAUUUAAAUCAUAUUAUAGUAAUGAGUUAUGCAAAAAAAGGAAAUUUGAGAAAAUGUUUAUCUGAUAUAAUUAAAUUUAAGUGGCAAGACAAGUUACAAUUAUUGAAAAAAAUUAUAUUAGGACUUAAAGUAAUUCAUGAGUCAAAUUUAACUCAUGGUGAUUUUCAUGAUGGUAAUAUUUUAAUGUCAGAUAAUGAGUCAUUUGUUAUAGAUUUAGGAUUAUAUAAACCUGUGAGUGAUUUGCAAGAUUCUGACAAUAGCGAAGUUAAUGAAAUUUAUGGAGUUUUACCUUAUAUGGCGCCUGAAAUAUUAAGAAAUAAACCCUAUACUACAGCAAGUGAUAUUUAUAGUUUUUCAAUGAUAAUGUGGGAAUUUAUAUCAGGCAUUCCUCCAUUUUAUGAUAGAGCACAUGAUCACCACCUUAUCUUAAGUGUUUGUGAAGGUGAACGUCCUGAAAUUUUUGAAAAUACUCCAAAAUGUUAUACAGAUUUAAUGAAAAAAUGUUGGGAUACAAAUCCUUCCAAUAGACCAACCAUAGCAAUACUUGAAAAUAUUGUAUCUGAGUGGAGUAGAUGUAUUAAUGAAUAUGAACAUUAUAAAAGAAACAGAGAUGGAAAUUAUGUUUAUAAUAUAUCUAAUAUUGAUAAUCAAUUAAAAAAUGAUAUGUUAGAAUUUGUAGAGGCAAACAAAGUUUUAGUACAAGAACAAGCAAAUACUUCUAUUAUACAAUCUCAUCCACAAGCAUAUUAUACAAGUCGCAAUGUUACUAAAGAAAUAGAAAAGUCUAAGAAUGUUAAUGAAAUUUUUGUUUAA